UGCGUAAGCAAGAGAUCAUUAAGAUAACAGAGCAGCUGAUAGAAGCCAUCAACAAUGGAGACUUUGAGGCUUAUACAAAAAUCUGUGAUCCUGGCUUGACUUCAUUUGAACCUGAAGCACUGGGGAACCUGGUUGAAGGAAUGGAUUUCCAUAAGUUUUACUUUGAGAACUUACUGUCGAAGAACAGCAAGCCAAUACACACCACCAUCCUGAACCCCCACGUCCAUGUCAUUGGUGAAGAUGCUGCCUGCAUUGCCUACAUCCGCCUGACACAGUACAUUGAUGGCCAAGGCCGGCCCCGCACCACGCAGUCUGAAGAGACCCGUGUCUGGCACCGCCGAGACGGCAAGUGGCUCAACGUCCACUACCACUGCUCUGGAGCUCCUGCAGCACCUCUCCAGUGA